CGCUGGGUGGUGAGCAUGCUGGCGCGUCGGAUGAUCGCGCGCUUGGUGCCGGUCGCCUCGUCUGCGCUGCGCAGCGCGGGUACGUCGGGAAGACCCUGCGCCGCCUUGCCGCCAGCGCCGCUUGCGGGUCGUCUUGGUACGCGCUGCCUUUCGUCAUGGUCCACCACAGAGCGGCGCGACAACUCGCAAAUCAACGCGCAGCUCAUGGCGGCGUCAACCACGCAUGAGCUACUCGCCAUCUACGAGCGCGAAAGGACCAACUUUAACAGCGUCAACACGGCGACGCUCUUCAACAAGCUUGGGAAGGCGCACCGGCGCCACACGAUGUACUCGGUGCGCGAGACCUCGCUUCUUGCCACGGCCUUGCGCAACACGGUGCAGGACAUCGCCAAGUUUGAUCUGCGGACGCUCAGCAUGAUUGCGCACGGCGUUGCCAAGAUGCAGCGGGGUGGCGACGACGGAGGCUUCAUGGACGCCGUCGUCGACCGCGUCAAGAAGGGGCUUGAGACCGCCCCUGCCAUCACGGUUGCGAAUCUCGUCUGGAGCGCCGAGAAGCUCGGCGUGCGCGACCGCGCCUUCUACCACGCGAUCGCGCGGCACGUGCGGUCGCAGUCGCUCGACUCGUACUCGUCGCUGGCACUUGCCAACAUCGCCAUGGGCUUUGCAAAAGCGCGCAUGAGCGACCGUCUCUGCUCCGUCUACGCCACGAUCGACGAGGCGCUGCAGGAGCGCGACUUGGGCACGUUCGAGCCGCAGCACCUGGCCAACAUUGUCUGGAGCUUUGUGGCCGCCGAGCGCUUCGACUCGGAGCUCUUUCGCCGUGUCGAGAGGCACUUGGCAGCGCGCGGCCUUCAGGACUUUGACGCCAAUACGCUCGCGUCGCUCUGCAUUUCGUACGCCAAGCACGCGCGGCAUAAGGUCACGCCGCACCCCGACCUCUUUGCCUUGGUCAGCGACCACAUUCUCGACAACGAGCGGUCGUCGGUCGGUACGUUUUCGCUCGGGUCUCUCGUCAUGCUGCACUGGGCGUUCACACGCGCCAAGCAGUACAACGCAGCGUGCACCUCUCUUCUUCGCGACGAACUGUACCGCCGUGGCCUCGACAAGUGCCGCAACCACGAGUUUGUGAGUCUCGCCUGGAGCCUCUCGAAUGCGCAGCUUCCCUUUGCAACGACGCCGUUGUACCAUCUUCUUGAGGACCAUGUGGUCACUCGGCGCGGCCUCGCGACCUUCCAGCCGCUAGAGCUCUCGGGUCUCGCCUUCAGCUUUGCAAAAGCGGGCGCCAAGACCACGAACGCCCGCUUCUUUGACGCGCUUGUCGCGUAUGUAGAGGCAGUCGGUGUCAAGCGCUUUGAUGACCAAGGGCUCGCCAAUGUCGCGUGGAGUCUCUACCUCGGCGGCGCCACGUCCCCUGACGUCUUGGACAAAAUGGGCGACGAGCUCGCCAAGCGCGAGUUUGAUCGCUUUGGGCCGUCGGCCGUCGCCGCCUUUGUCGCAAUCUUUGCUGCUGCCGACCGCGCACUGCCGAGUGACGUGUGUUUGCACGUCCACGCCCAUCUCGCGACGCAUUUCAGUCGGUACCGCCCCCGAGAGCUCGUCCAUGUCGCUGCCGGGCUCGGGCUCAUGGGCGAAACCGUGUCGCCGGCCGUGAAAGAGUCCCUUGUAGCCCGCAUCACGCCCGACGCCUUGACAGACGUCGACUGCCACCGCUUGCACCGCUGGCUACGCGACCAAGGCGACCACGAUGUACCGGCGUUCGUACGCGCCGCCAGCGAUCAAUUUGCGAGUCUCUCGACGGCCGACGAUGCAAACACGGACGACGGUACUGAUGGCGGCCGGCGCUUUUGAAUGUAAAUCGACCAACGGACGAUACCGCAUGGUUGUUGUCGGACGCAUGUGUUGCGUGUGGCAGAGCAGGACGUGACGAGUCGAGACCCAGCAGACCGUAUUUAAAGAAAUACUACUACCGAGGCAACAUGUCAUUGUGUCUCCAUACUACUAUCGCUGGGCUGCUGGAUCUAGUUGGGUCAUACCGCGAACACGGAAAUAUCAUUUUGCACUCCACGAAAUGGCACCGCGACCUCCAGUCGCUGACGCCGCCUCAGUCGCUGGCGACUCCCGACAACCUUGACACACUGCGUAGCUUUGCCGCCGACCGCGACGCCUGGAAAGAUUUGACCGACCGUGUCGUCACGGGCCUCACCCGCGGCCA